AAAAAAGUGACUCACUUUUUAAUGACGGAUAAAAAAAAAACAUUUAUGGUAAGCAAAGAAGAGAUGUAGGCUGUAGGUGUCAUGUGGGUUUUCUUGGUGUAUGUAGCUGAAGAUGUUCAUAUUGUAUCGCAUGAAUUGAGAUUCGAAUGAGACCGUAAUAGGCAAUGGGAAGGGAAACAUGAAUAUCACGUCAGAAUGAAAUAAAAAAAUAAGUGAAAACGUAUUUUUUAAUUUAGUUGUCGUUAGAGAAUGAACUUCAAUCGAGUUAAUUUAAUGGAAGUUAAAAAAUGAUAAAAUGCGUCAACGUAAAAGCAGCUUUAAUUAAUUUUCUUUUUAUCGCCACGUUCACGAACCCCUUGAGUCUGAAUAAAUAUAGUAGAGUAGUCAAUAAUGACAAUGGUCAGAAUGUCGGAAGUGUCCUGUUUGAUAAGAGCGACCUUAAGAGAAAAUGUUGGAACAAUGAGCAAUUGACGUUAUUGAUUAGCCGGCAUGUCUUCCAGGAUGUCUUACCUGAGGUAGAGAUGAUCGAUCCUGAGAAUAAUGAGUACAUCGGACUAAUAAUGGAGUACAUGGACGUUUGUUUGGAAGUUAUUAGAAAAUUAGCGACCGAUAGAACUAGACACUUGAUGAUGAGAGCAUUGGCUGACACCAUGGCGGGUUAUCUUCACGUUUAUAUCCUUCCGGUAACGAAAAAAUCUUAUUACGCUGGUAAUAUCCAAUAUCAUGAUGCUAAAAAAUUAUUUGAUUUGUACGAUGAGUUGAAAGUCUUCUUGCAUAGCAAUGGAAUUGGUUGGGUGAAGCCUAAAAAUAAUGAAAUAAAAUUUAAAGGGGAUCCUGUUUCAACAGAAGCUGAUUCUCAAGCUUGUUCAAAUUUAAUUUUAUAUCCUGAUGAUAAAGGAACCGUAGUACUGCCGAUGCCUUUUCUCGAUGAUAAUAAAAAUCCCAACAGUAUAGCAUUGCCAUUUGAAAAUGAAAGUCUUUACUCUCUUUAUACCGAGAGCUCGGCAUUUAUUCUGUUAAAAUACUACGAGGUUGGUUACAGUUGUAUGUCAUCUUCACGAGAAAAAAGAGGAGGAGUUACCAAAGGCAAUAUCAAUAAAUUUGUUAAGCAACUUGAAGAUUGGUUGAAUCACGCUGUAAUUGGACAUCUGGAAGAUGACAAAUGGUAUCCGGCAUUCGGAGGAAUUUUGCGUGUGAUAAGAAGUCUCGAGAUGUCAAAAACUGAUCCGAGUCGAAUCGAAGAUGAAGAAGACGACAAUCCAAUAGUAGGAGCAAUUAAUCCUUCGUCAACAUGCGCGCCAAAUGAAUCAAAUAAAUCAGUGUGGGAUAAGUGGGGAUAUAUUUUAAUUCCGUUAAUAAUUGGAGUACCGUUUUGGCUGUUACUCGGUAUCUGUGUAGUGUGUUGUCGUAGAAAACAGUACGUCAGUUACCGCUGCGGCGCACCCGUUGCUGUGGUAUACAAAAAUGCCAAGUGUAUAAAUCAAGAGAACGUUUCUUCUGGACGAGGCGCAAGAUAUUUUACUUGGCCAUGGAAUAAGAAAAAAUCCGAUUUAAAUUGCCCGUGUAGUAGUAAAAAUUGUAUAGAUAAAGAAGCAGAGGUAGAAAAGGAAGAAAAAUUUAUUGGUGAAAUGGAAUACGGAAAUUACGUGACACAGGAAAUUAAUGAAAGAAAUAACAAUAUUGAUUCUAUUCCUAUUGCAAGACCAACUGCUAAAAGUGCGCCAAUUAAAUAUCCCGAUACGGAUUCAGUUAUGUCUACUACGGAAAGAAGUAACUUUUCCGAUAACUCUAAAUCCUCACCCUCGUAAACUUGAAUUAUUAUAAAUAAAAAUAAAAAUAAAAAUAAAAAUAAUUUAGUCUGUGAAAAUUCCUCAGGAAAUUCUUGUCUAUAUAUAUAGAUAUUUAAACUGACUGUGGUACAUUAAGAAAGCGAGAGUAAAAGAAGUAAGAGAAAAAGGGGGGCUUAAGGGAAAGGAAAUGUUGAAAAUACUUAAAGAGCCGGGAGGAAAAUGAUAAAUGGAACGCGCAGGGGUAGUGCCAUCUGGCAAGAACCUAGUACGCGUAU